AUGGCGCUUGAGCAGGCAGCGGUGACCAGCCUGAAGCAGCAGCUGGACCAGGAAGCACAGCAGCGACAGGACAUCCACCUCCGGGCAGGCCUUCUGGGCCAGGAAGUGAACAACAACGGGAUCAUCUCCUUCCUGAAGGAGGUUUCUCAGUUCACCCCGGUGGCCUUCCCCAUUGCCAAGGACCGCUGUGUGGUGGCGGCCUUCUGGGCAGACGUGGACAACCGGCGUGCAGGUAACGUGUUCUACCGGGAGACCGCUGACCCGGCCACGCUGCGCAGAGCCACAGGGGACAUCAGGCGCUACUUCCCCGAGCUCCCGGGCUUCACCGCCACCUGGGUUUUCAUCGCCACCUGGUACCGUGUGACCUUCUUUGGAGGCAGCUCCUCCUCCCCCGUCAACACGUUCCAGACUGUCCUCAUCACCGAUGGCAAGCUCUCGUUCACCAUCUUCAACUACGAGUCCAUCACGUGGACCACGGGCACGCACGCCAGCAGCGGAGGCAACGCCACUGGCCUGGGGGGCAUCGCGGCCCAGGCCGGCUUCAACGCGGGGGAUGGGCGGCGUUACUUCAGCAUCCCCGGCUCACGCACAGCGGACAUGGCAGAGGUGGAGACCACCACCAACGUGGGCGUGCCCGGCCGCUGGGCGUUCAGAAUCGAUGAUGCCCAGGUGCGCGUGGGGGGCUGCGCCCAUACAACCUCCGUGUGCCUGGCCCUGCGCCCGUGCCUCAAUGGCGGCAAGUGCAUCGACGACUGCGUCACGGGCAACCCCUCCUACACCUGCUCCUGCCUCUCGGGCUUCACAGGGAGGAGGUGCCACCUGGAUGUGAACGAGUGUGCUUCUCACCCGUGUCAGAACGGCGGGGCCUGCACAAACGGCAUCAACAGCUUCAGCUGCCAGUGCCCGGAUGGCUUCGGGGGACCCACCUGUGAGACAGCAAAAUCUCCAUGUGACGCCACAGAGUGUGCGAAUGGCGGCCAAUGCCAGGCAGACAGCGGCUCCGCGGUGUGCGUGUGCCAGGCGGGCUACACGGGCAUCGCCUGCGAGACGGACGUAGACGAAUGCGGCUCUGACCCGUGUCUUAACGGAGGCUCGUGUGUGGAUCUCGUGGGGAACUUCACCUGCCUGUGCGCAGAACCCUUCGAGGGACCACGCUGCGAGACAGGAAGCCAACCAGUGCCCGACGCCUGCCUGUCGGCCCCUUGCCAGAACGGGGGCACCUGUGUGGACGCGGAUCAGGGCUACGUGUGCGAGUGCCCGGAAGGCUUCAUGGGCCUCGACUGCAGGGAGAGAACCCCCAAGGACGACUGUGAGUGUCACAACGGAGGUAGAUGCCUGGGAGCCAACGCCACCCUCUGCCAGUGCCCCCCAGGCUUCUUUGGGUUCCUCUGCGAAUUUGAAGUCACGGCCACGCCCUGCAACGUGAACACGCAGUGCCCGGACGGGGGCUACUGCAUGGAGUACGGGGGGAGCUACCUGUGCGUCUGCCACACCCACCACAACGUCAGUCACUCACUGCCGUCGCCCUGCGACUCGGACCCCUGCUUCAACGGAGGCUCUUGUGACGCCCACGACGACUCCUACACUUGCGAGUGCCCCCGGGGGUUCCACGGCAGGCACUGCGAGAAAGCCCGGCCACGCCUGUGCAGCUCGGGGCCCUGCCGGAAUGGGGGCACGUGCAAGGAGGCGGGCGGCGAGUACCACUGCAGCUGCCCCUACCGCUUCACCGGGAGGCACUGCGAGAUCGGGAAGCCCGACUCGUGUGCCUCAGGCCCCUGUCACAACGGAGGCACCUGCUUCCACUACAUUGGCAAAUACAAAUGUGACUGUCCCCCAGGCUUCUCCGGGCGGCACUGUGAGAUAGCCCCCUCCCCCUGCUUCCGGAGCCCCUGUGUGAAUGGGGGUACCUGUGAGGACCUGGGCACAGAUUUCUUCUGCCGCUGUCAGGCAGGGUACACGGGACGCCGGUGCCAGGCGGAGGUGGACUGCGGCCCCCCUGAGGAGGUGAAGCAUGCAACACUGCGCUUCAAUGGCACUCGGUGGGGCUCCGUGGCCCUGUACUUGUGUGACCGAGGCUACAGCCUGAGUGUCCCCAACUCCGUCCGGGUCUGCCAGCCACAGGGUGUCUGGAGCGAGCCUCCCCAGUGCCACGAAAUUGACGAGUGCCGAUCCCAGCCGUGCCUGCAUGGGGGCUCCUGCCAGGACCAAGUCGCCGGCUACCAGUGCGUCUGCAGCCCAGGGCAUGAAGGAGCCCACUGUGAACUGGAGACAGACGAGUGCCAGGCGCAGCCCUGCAGAAAUGGAGGUUCCUGCAAGGACCUCCCGGGGGCCUUUGUCUGCCAGUGCCCCGCGGGCUUUGCUGGAGUCCACUGUGAGACAGAGGUGGACGCCUGCCACUCCAGCCCCUGCCAGCACGGAGGCCGGUGUGAGAACGGCGGCGGGGCCUACCUGUGCGUCUGCCCAGAGGGCUUCUUCGGCUACCACUGUGAGACAGUGAGUGACCCCUGCUUCUCCAGCCCCUGUGGGAGCCGCGGCUACUGCCUGGCCAGCAAUGGCUCCCACAGCUGCACCUGCAAAGUGGGCUACACGGGCAAGGACUGCGCCAAAGAGCUCUUCCCACCAACGGCCCUCAAGGUGGAGCGAGUGGAGGAGAGUGGGGUGUCCAUUUCCUGGCGCCCACCCGAAGGCCAGGCCGCCAGGCAGGUGGUGGACGGCUACGCAGUCACCUACGCCUCCUCUGACGGCUCGGCCCGCCGGACCGACUUCGUGGAGAGCAGCCGCUCCUCGCACCAGCUCCGGGCCCUGGCGGCUGGCAGGGCCUACAACAUCUCCGUCUUCUCGGUCAAGCGUAAUGCCAACAACAAGAAUGACAUCAGCAGGCCAGUGGCGCUGCUCACCCGCACCCGUGAGUACACGAUCUGGGUGACCGCCCUCAGUGGGCUUGGGGGACAGGAACGCCCCACCGAGAGCCUGGCCUCGGCACCGCUGCACGUGUGGACCCGGCCGCUGCCACCAGCAAAUCUGACCGCUGCCCGCGUCACGGCAACCUCUGCCCACGUGGUCUGGGAUGCCCCCACUCCAGGCACCUCGCUGGAGGCGUACGUCAUCAACGUGACCACCAGCCAGAGCACCAAGAGCCGCUACGUCCCCAACGGGAGGCUGGUGUCCUACACGGUGAGGGACCUGGUGCCCGGGCGGCGGUACCAGCUCUCAGUGACGGCCGUGCAGAGCACCGCGGGCGACCAGCUGCAUAGCGAGCCCGCUCACCUGUAUAUCAUCACCUGUAAGUGCAGGGCGGGCAUGAGAACACAGCCACACUGUCCCCGGGAUGGCAGGCGGGCAACGGGAGCCCCGUCAGCAGGCAGCCACGGCCCCUCCCUUUGUGCCGCAGCCUGUAAGAAGGUGCCCCAGCCCUGCACGCGGCUGUUCUCGGAGACCAAGUCCUUGCCGGUCUGGGAAGGCGGCGUCUGCCAUCACGUGUAUAAACGAGUCUACAAACUGCACCAAGACGUCUGCUUCAGAGAAAGCUGUGAGAGCACCAGUGUCAAGAAAACCCCGCACAGGAAACAAAGUGACAGUCCAACUCUGAAGACAUCUUAAGGAUUCGGGACGUUCUUGUGACACUCCACCAACCUCACAAGUUUCUAGAGCCCAGGAAGACGAGGUCUAAAAUUGGAUUGAAAAGGACACCUUGGGGGACAAGGUCCUGGCUGAAGCCUGUCCCCUCCACGGCUUCUCCUCUGGCCUCUAGCAGACACACGGCCAGGCCAGGGACAACCCCUGGGGCCACCAUCUCUGCAUCUUGCGCUGCACCUCCCAGCCCGUGCUAUAACCCAGGCCGCGUGUCCCCAAGGGGCAGCCUGUGCCGUGGUCAGUGAGCCACACAGCAUGCGCAUCAGCCCUGGGGGAGCGAGACUGGCUGCCAGGAGCUUCUGCAAUGUCCAGAAACCAGUUCUAGAUUCCAAAGCCAGAGAGAGGACCACCCCACACACACACCUUUUGAGACCUGACAUCUAGAGGAGCAGCAGCAGCUGCCCACAGCUUCCAAAGCAGAGGGCGGGCUGGGCUAGUGGACAGGGGCGGGGCUGGGGCAGGGCUGGGGGGAGGAGAGCUGAGGGCAGGGGUGGGGUGGGGGGGAGGCAACACAAAGGAAAGCGAGUGGUCUGCUUCUGUGGCUUCUGCCAGCAGGUGAUUCACGCAGAUGCCUUGCAGGCUAGUGCUCACCAUACAGACCAAUGAUUGUGUAAGAGAAAAUGGUAAUUAGUGCUAAGAUGGCGUUUACACACUUAGCCUACAACUUCUGCUGUAAAGGGUCAGGCAGUAAAUACAGAGGGUGUCCCAAAAAUGUACACAUUUUAAGAAAGGAAAAAACUGUAUUAAAAUUGUACUACUCAAUAUGUACUGACAACAAAAGUUGAAUACAAGUCAGGUGUAUACAUUUUUUGGCACCCCCAAUAUUUUUGACUUUGUGGACCACAAGGUCCCUGUGGCCACUACUCAGCUUUGGGUCACAGUGCAAACAGCCAUCAACGCAUGCCUUGACGGGUAUGGCCGUGAUCCAAUAAAACUUUAUUUACAAAAACGGGGGCCACGUCCCAUGGCCAUCCCUGGCUAACCCCCACUCAGGCUUUAGCCUUAUGCAGAAAGCCAUCCCCGAUGACAUGUCACACCUGGGCACCAAAGACUCCCGUGUCACAGAGGUGCUACCCAGACCCUGCUGGAAGCCAUCCCCGAUGACACGUCACACCAGGGCACCGAAGACCCCAGGGUGUCCAGAGGCGCUAAACUGACCCCGCUGGAAGGUACCGAGCUGGCAGCAAGGGCUCCUCCUUACAGCUCUGGGUACUGAAGACGGGCAGUGGGCUGGCUAAGCCAGAUCAUGUGUGAGAUCCCUGUCCGCCACUCACUGUGGCCUGCCAGGGGUCCCCGCAUAUCCUCACAAAGCAUCGCCAGCUGCAGAGUGCUGUGUCACCUCACCUGCAGAGUGCUGUGUCACCUCACCGUGACCCCUGCAGUCAGCUCACUCCCACCAGCUCUCUUUUCCCUGAGGAGCUCAGAACAAAAGAGACCAGCCGUCUUCACCCGUGUGGAGGUCACAGUCAGUGACCCUGCUGGGACACAAGCCCCUGUGCUCUCCCACAGACUCUGCCCCAAGUCAGCUUUACACCACCGGAAAUGCCCCUCCUUUCAUCUUUCAUAAAAACAUUUUUGAAGAGUUAGAGUAUACUUUAAACUUUUUAUUCUUAUUAAACUUGUGUGUGCCUACGUCUGUGUAUUAUGCAAUUUGUCAUUUUCAGAAAGGAGGAACCAUCAUUUCUUUAAGUGUCUACUGGAUUCCAGAAUGUCCGGUCUCCAGGGCCCACCUGUGUGAACCAGAAAACCACGCACACAAACAUGUACUGCUGACCGCUGCUGCGGCACUGGGACCUGUCACCGCGUCUGUGUAAGCUACGGCAUCUCUAGCAAAUGGCAUGACCAAGUGACGUCACUGAAUGUAGCUGAGACUCUCCGACCUCAAGCCCCUUGGCCACGAAGCCAGGCUACUGCGCUCCAGGUUCUCACUCUGCAGCACUCGUUUCUCCAGGACACUUGCCAGAGCUUGGCGCUAUGCUGCCGUCCAAUUAACCCACUUGUAUGCUUUACAGACUGAGUAUCUACAAUAGUAAAGACUUCCUGAUGCUAAAGGAAUUACCAUUCAUCCUGGAACAUUCGAAAUGAGCCACUGCCUUCAUCACAUGGCUCCUUCCUAAAACUCUAAUAUUAGUCGUCCUUGAAAACACUCCAAGUCCACUCAUGGAAAUCAGUAAUCACGGAAUCAAAUAAGCAUUUAUUUGUGUCAGGAGGAGAGGAGGGAACCACAAGUCGCUGCACUCACCAUCUGCUGACCAAACUUGGAAGAACUCGCCAUCUAAUCAAGUGUUCAUCUAAUCAGUGGGCAUCUAACCAGGUGCCCACUCAGCCCGCCUGGGCACGAGGACAACAGUCCAGGUCUGGGGAGUGUCGGGCACUUAGAUGCCACAAAAUGCAAGAAAGUGAAAACACUGGCACAGAGUGAAAUGUCUUCAUUUUCAAGUAAUUUUGUCCAUGGCCAAGAAAGACAAUGAAGACCACAUGUCCCUUUUCCUCUGCUGCACCUGGGCUGUCACAGGCGAAUGAGGAAAUGCACGCUGCCCCGACUGCCUCCCACCUGCGAACCCAGCAGGCAGGGCCCACCCGGUGCCAGCCACCCCAGCACCUUCCCAUAGAUGGAACUGCUCCUGCUGUCAAGCCACAGCCACGUGUGGAGGGAGUCACUGAGCCUUUUCUUUUGCAAAAAAUGUCCUUCUCUUUGCGGCCAUGCUCAAACAUGAGACUGGAGAAAAAAGCAUGAAUUCUUUUGAUUCAGCACCGAAUCCUCCAGUAAAAUACAGCUGAAACCCAUCGACAGCACUCCAGGACACGGAGGAAGAGACUCUUAAAAAACCUGCGACUUACUGGUCUUUUAAAUCAAAUACGAUAAAUGCGGGGCAUUUGAAUCUGAAGUUCUCACAAAACGACAGUCAUGUGUUGCCAGGCCCGGCCUCACAGCAGUUUGCCUCAGCCCUGUUGACAUCUGGAGCUUGGUCAUGUGUUGUGGGACUGUCCCAUGCACUGCAGGGCAUUUAACAGACCUGGCCUCACCCACCAGAUCCCAAGUGCACCCUCUCCUGGUCCUGACAACCAGAAGAGUCCCAGAUGUUCCCUGGGACCCAGAUUAUCCCCAGGUGAGAAUGGCUGCCUGACACAAUUCUUAUGUGGUCUACAAACAGAAGGCCAAGAGCUAGGAGUCUCACGUAGUUGUUAAAAUGCUGCCAAGGCCUGAAUUUUAGUCACAUCACCAAACAUGUUUUCUGCAGCACUGGUCCUGUGCCAGUUCCCCCAAGGAAGGGGUGCCCAGAAUGUCCUAGGUCGCACCAACCCUCCCUCUGUUACAGAGCUCAUGCCAUUAGGGCUGGGCCUCUACCUCAGAGGUGACCCUGGCUUACAUCAAACUCCAUUCCCUGACCCCAACGCUUCCAGGCACUCCGAAGACCCACUGGGCUCCCCAAGGGGACAUCCUCCCCUCUGGUGUCAUAGAGAGCUCCCUGGGAUGACCCAAGACCAGCCCCCCACCCCAGGCCCCGCCAUGCCCAACCCUGGGCAAGUGCUCUGUCCUCCGGUCUCAGACACCCCUCUGUGACGUGAGCAGAAGGGUCGGCGAGGACAGCUCCACGGCCCCUCUGUGCUGGCAUUCUAUGGCUUCCAGAGACUGCAGGCCUGGCUGUGACCCACUGGCCACAAGCUGGCACAACAGCAAACUUCCCAGGGGCCAGAGCCAGGCCUGUUUCUCACAGAGACAGAGAAAACUGCCCCAGCAUGUCGCCGGCACGAAGAAGCUAUGCAGAAUGAAGCCAUGUGUCACUAACCCACUUCCUUCUACUCUGCUGUACACUGAAUGCAAUUAUGAAGCAAUAUUUUUUAAUUAAAAACAUGAGUAUUUGUGUGGAAAACCUGCUAUUUGUUUUCAUAAAAUAAAGUGCUGUGAUGUACUAAAACCUCA